AAUUUUCAGAUAAAAAUGCUAAAAAAUUUACUAAAUAAUUCAAAAGUUCGAGUGAAAAAUCCAAUAAAAGUUCAAGAAAAACUCGAGGAUUUUAUUAAAGAUGGUUUUGAUCGACUUAUGGUGAUAAGCGAUUUUGAUUAUACAAUAACGCGAUAUCAUGAUGAGGACAAUAACAAAUGUUGGACAACUCAUGGUGUUUUCGAUUCGGCUACGGAAUUCUUAAGUCCAUUUGUUACUGAAGAAUUACAGAAACUUAAACGUAAAUAUUUACCCAUCGAAUAUGAUCCUGACAUAUCCGAAGCGGAGAAAAGGCCAAAAAUGGAGGAUUGGUUCGUUUUUUCUGCUAUUCAGUCGGCUCAUAAUCUUAUAACAUCGGUACAUUUCGAAAGGACUGCAAUUGAAUCUUUGGUUCAUCAAACGGAACAAUUACUUUUCGAUCUUCAUUGUAAUCAUGUACCAAUUUUUAUCUUUUCAGCUGGCAUCGGGAAUAUUAUUGAAAUAUUUCUGAAAGAACAUUUCGGCAAUAUGAAUAAUAUUCAUAUUAUUUCCAAUAUGAUGACAUUCGAUGUUAACAAUAAAAUUAAUGGAUUUGAAGAGCCUUUAAUUCAUACGUUCUCGAAAAAUAGUUUAAUGAUGAAACGUGAUCCGAAAUUUUUCCUCAAAGUCGCGAAUCGUCAUAACGUUCUUUUGAUGGGAGAUAGUUUAGGAGACACGCAUAUGGAUGCUGGUUUGGACGAUGGACGAACUGUUUUAAAAAUAGGCUUUUUAAAUUUCAACAUCGAUACACUUCUUGAUAAGUAUCUUGAUGGCUUUGAUAUCGUUCUAAUUGAUGAUCAAUCUAUGGAUAUUCCAAGAAGCAUUUCGACUUAUAGCAAUAAAUAG